GCAUAAUGGCCACCCUGCCACCAACAGCCAGCCCCUCCCAGCAACCUCUUAACCCAGAGGACGAAGAUGGCAUCCUGGAUGAAUAUGACCAGUACAGCCUGGCCCAUCCUUGUGUCGUCGGGGGAGGCCGGAAAGGUCGCACCAAGAGAGAAGCUGCUGCCAAUACCAACCGCCCUAGCCCUGGUGGGCAUGAGAGAAAGCUGCUGACCAAGUUCCAGAACUCUGAAAGGAAAAAGGCCUGGCGCUGAGACAGAGCUGGAGAUGAGGCCAGACCACAGACAUUACACCCAGCAAUGGAUACAGGACACCACACCCAGCAAUCGCUACAGGACACCACACCCAGCAAUGGAUACAGGACACCACACCGAACAAUGGAUCCAGGACCUUGGAGAAAUUAGGAGCUGUGAGCAGGGCCUAGGCCUGCUUGACCCUCUCCCCACUAAGUGAGGUUCUGGAGAGAGAACACCAAAUAAGCCCUUCCAGACCCAGCGAGAGGGCAAGACAGGAGCAAGAAAGAGGCCCAGAUGGCCAGAGCUAGGACAGCAUCCCCAAGAAAGAAAUGUGGGGGAGACCAGAUGCCCCUGGGUGACAGUGACAAUAAACAGUACAGCAGCAACA